AACUUACUUCCAUUACUUCAUAAAUUGUUGGUGCCAGAUAAUAACUUUUGGUCAGGAAUAUAUGCAUCAUCUUGUUUUCUUUUCUUUGAUAUGUGAGAAACCUUCAUUACUCUAUGAAACCAUUGUAAUUUAUGGAUGGAUUUAAAUAAAUUUUUGCACUGACAAUUUUAUGCCUGUUUAGAGCAAUGGGGGAUGUUUCAGAUCGUAUUGGUCGUCCUACAGACAACAGUCAGAUUGGCAUAAUUGAUCCAGAUUGCAGACUAAUUGGACUCCAUUUAUACGAUGGAUUGUUCAAGGUCAUUCCUUUUGAUAAUAAAGGGCAGCUUAAAGAAGCAUUUAACAUUAGGCUUGAGGAGCUUCAAGUUUUGGAUAUCAAGUUUCUGUAUGGUUGUUCAAAACCUACAAUUGUGCCACACCACCCCCCCCCCCCCAAAAAAAAAAUGUACUCAAAUUUGGAAUAUUUGAGUACAUAAUGGCUUGUAAAAAAUAAUUUGUCCUGUAUGUGUAUUAUAUCCAUGAUCAUUUUAAUCUAUCCUGUCAUUAGUAACCAUUGGUUUGGGUGCAUAUAAAGAAUGGCUGCUACUCUUGUGCUUCAGCUUGGUAAGCUGCUGUGGUAAUUUAGUGGAAACACAGGUUGCUUACAAGAGAUCGAUUGGUGAAUUGGGGAGUAUGCAGCGAUGUAUUGUGUCCAUUCUUCAGGGCAAAUUCAGAGAGCUGAGACAUUAUUCUUUGAAUGCCACGUUGCAAGAAGAGUAUGGAAAAUGAUUUAUGUAUGGAAUUCAGCCUACAAUGUAAUCCUGAGAUUGGUUGGGAGAAGAUAGUUAAUUGGGCUGUAAACAAUUGGAGAGGGGAGAGGUUGAAGGUAAACUUAAAUAAUCCAAAACUUCUGCAAUGAAGUUUUAAAAAGGAAGUCCGGCAGCGACUUUAACUUUAGGCAGAUGCGAAUUUCCAACAUUUGAAGACAGGGCAUUAUAAUAAUACAAUUUUCCUCAUCUUGUCCUCCAAUCCCAAUCCAUUCUUCCCACUCGUCCAAAAACAAAAACUGGAGAGUUUUCAAAUUUGGGAAUAUUUUGAUUAUGCUGUCUUUCUUUGUUUUCAGAUUCUAUUUCCAAAAAUUCAACACCCACCUUUUUGAAUG